CAGUAACAAAUGCAGUGCGAAGACAAUGGAUGAGGAUGACACCAGGCUUUCUAUACAAUCCAGAGAGCCUAAGUUAAUACUACACGGAUCGGAUCAUAGGUUCUCAAAGCGGGGGUUGAGUCUUGAGGCACUGACCAGGGGGUCGUUAGUUAUUACACUAUAAUAAUAUAUUUUAAGUAAGUAUAUUGUAGUGAAACUGGGUCAACCAAGACCGUAAAUUUUGGACAUAAAUGAAUAAAACUGGUUUAAAAUGUUUUGCAUUACAGACAUUAGUUUCUAUCCUGGGCUUGUUGCAUAGGUUGUUUUGGUGUUCCUGGCCUGAAAAAUUUGGGAACCUGAUUGAUAUAAUUGAGGACUUUUCAUUUUUCUUUACCUAUGUAUGUUUAAGCAAUUUGUAUUUUGGGGCAUUUCAAGAAGCAGGAUUCUUUUGUUAGCCAGUUAACUUAUAUGUUAGGUGUUACUGGUGCAGAUGAUGGUUAAAUCUGUCAUUGUAAAAUUGAAGAUGACUCGUAAUUUUUCUUGGGUCAAGUCCGCACACGUAUUAAAAAACAACAUAAUGUUAUUUAUUGGCUUGUUAACUGGCUAACUAGGUAAUCCUGCUUCUUGCAGAUGAGGGUGGUGCCGGCGGGCAGUUUGUUGUGGAGCUUCAAGAGACUGUGUUGGUAUCAGAAGGCGAGGGGGAAGGCAUGGCGGUUCACAGGUUUGCCUCAGAGGAGCUAGUCAUCCAGGAUGCAGUUGAGGAUGUGGUUUCUGAGUAUGUACACUGCGAUGAAGAUGAAGAUGUUGCUGUAGAGACCUGUGUGAUGGCCCUAGAGGGAGACGAGGAAGGAGUAGCCAUGAGUGACAUCCCAGAGGACGGUUUGGACCAAGAACAGCAGGACGAGGACCAGGACGGCUGUGGAGACUACUUAAUGAUAUCUUUGGAUGAAGCUGGUAAAAUGGUGUCUGAAGAUGGGACCGAAGUGACAGUAGAGGGAGCUGUGGAGGAUCAUGAAGUGGAGAAGGAUGAGGAUGGACAGGAAGUCAUCAAGGUGUACAUCUUUAAAGCAGAUUCUGGAGAGGACGACAUGGGUGAAUCCGUAGACAUCAGUGACAAUGAGAGUAUGGCACUGGCUGACUCUGGACAUCCACUUAGAGAGAAAAUGGUUUACAUGUCUGUAGGGGACUCUCGACACAAUCAAGGAAACCAUGGUCCUGAUGAUGGCGAGGGUUGUGAAAAUCGCAAUGGGGCAGCAAGCGCUCUGCUGCACAUUGAUGAGUCUGAUAGAACUGAUGAACUCAACAGGCAACGCAGCAAGAAGAGAAGGUCUGAGCCGCGGCAGGUGCAGACAGCCAUCAUCAUUGGACCCUAUGGUCAGCCUCUAACGGUCUAUCCAUGUAUGCUGUGUGGAAAGAAGUUCAAGUCGCGUGGGUUCCUUAAACGGCACACUAAGAACCACCACCAGGAUGUUCUGACCAGGAAAAAAUACCAGUGCACAGACUGUGAUUUCACUACUAAUAAGAAGGCCAGCCUCCACAACCACAUGGAGGUGCAUGCUCUGAGCAGCAAAGCUCCAUUUGAGUGUGAAAUGUGCGGGAAGGAGUUCCACCAGCAGUCGGCGCUUUUCACACACAGAUUGCAGCACCAAAGGGAACCCAAAACCCAGCCACCACCUCCACCCUCCAAAUUGCACAAAUGCAAGUUUUGUGACUAUGAAACUGCUGAGCAGGGGCUGCUAAACCGCCACCUCUUGGCUGUUCAUAGUAAAAGUUUCCCUCACAUCUGUGUGGAGUGUGGUAAGGGCUUCCGCCACCCAUCAGAACUUAAAAAACAUAUGCGCACACACACAGGUGAGAAGCCGUAUUCCUGUCUCUACUGCGACUACAAGUCUGCUGAUUCGUCAAACCUUAAGACUCACAUCAAGACCAAACACAGUAAAGAAAUGCCAUUCAAGUGUGAACGCUGUUUUCAGACUUUUGCUGAGGAGGAGGAGCUAAUCCAACAUGGACUGACUCAUGAGGAGAAUAAGACCCACCAUUGUGCCCACUGUGAUCACAAGAGUUCCAAUUCCAGUGAUUUGAAACGCCAUAUCAUUUCUGUCCACACAAAAGACUAUCCGCACAAAUGUGCGGUGUGUGGGAAAGGCUUCCACAGGCCAUCUGAACUGAAAAAGCACUCCCUAUCCCAUCGCAGCAAGAAACUUCACCAGUGCCGACAUUGCAACUUUAAAAUAGCAGAUCCUUUUGUUCUCAGUCGCCAUAUCUUGUCUGUCCACACAAAAGAGCAACAGGCAUCUCCUGAAAAGACUGAGCCCAAGCGGCCAGAGGCAAACUCUUCAGCAGUCUCUCCUAAAAAGUCAGUGAGUGGCUCCAGUGGCUCUGGUCCUCCGGCCCGAGUGAGUGCAGCCAGCCUUGCCAGCAGUGUCACAGUAGUGAUUGGCAAAGGACAAAAGGAGAGAAGAAUUUACCAGUGCCAGUAUUGUGACUACAGCACAGGGGAUGCUUCAGGGUUCAAACGCCAUGUCAUUUCCAUCCACACAAAAGACUAUCCUCAUCGCUGCGAGAUCUGCUCUAAAGGUUUCCGGCGGCCCUCAGAAAAAAACCAGCACAUUAUGCGUCAUCACAAAGAUGUGCUCCAGGCAGAGUGACUCUAAGCAGCAUGCUGUGCCACAGCCGAGAACUGUUUUAUUGUACUACACACCCACCACGCACCCCUCAAAAAACAUCCACCUGUAUACAGUGUAGUGUAUUUGUUCUACACUUAGUCCAUGUUCUUUUUCAACUUCAACUUUUGACAUUCCCAGGCUUGUAAGUCUUCAAAUGUAUACACAUGUACAUAAUUUUAGAAACAGACCCUUCCUUGGACGUGCACUUGAAACUGCAUGUCCCAUGUGGUGACAGUUGCAUGGCAGAUUGUGCAGAUGUCUUUGUAGUAGAUACUUUUUACUUUGUAUUCAUCAAUUUCCCUCAAAUGCAAAGUGCUAAUUGUUUGCAUCAAUAACAAGUAAUAAGUUACAAACAACAGGUUGCUAUAUUGUUUCUAGUAGCACUUGGUCAAGUAAUGGCGUGUGUUCAACAGUGCAUGUGGCCACAUUUACGUCUGACAAUUUCUAACCAUGAAACGGAGCAGUUCUGUAACUGCGUGCUGAUCAUGUACUUCAAUUAUGCAGUAUAAAUAUUUUUUAAUGGAACUGAACAAUUGCCCAACCAAGUUGUCGUAAAAUCUUUAUCAACGAGCCAAAAGGCUGUCGUGUUGACUAUUUUUAUCAUUUAGUUUUUAAUUUAAAUUGAGCAUUAUAAAAAAAAAAAAAAAAAAAAACACUUUACCAGGUGCUUCAUUUGUGUUCAGUGUGAAUGCAGCAUCAGAGAAUGAGGACAGGUGUUUUCUGAUGUAGUUUUUCUCGUAAAAAUGAAAUGCACAUCAAGAUGCAAAUAUAAACCUGGUGCUGGUGGGGUUCUGCUUUUUACGUUUUCCCAUGUUGACCAUCUUUGUUCUCUAUAUUUAUUUCUUUUACUUGUAUAGUUGAGUGUAACUAGAACUCUAUGGGACGUAAAUUAUUGUUUUGUAUACAACAUGUACAAAGCGUGUAGAUGUAAACACUUGAAAUGGAUUCCGAACUGUGUUGUUAUGGAUGUACCACAGCAUACUUGUUUAAAAGUAAUAAAAAACACGUGUUUUUA